AUGUCAAAUUCUUUUUUUGUAUUUUUACCUAGUAACGUUUCAGAUUAUCCUGAAAAUCAGCCAAAUAGUUUUCGUGUCCAUUUACCUAAAUCGAUUUUCUUUAAUGGCGAUUGGGUUUGUGGACUACAUAGUAUUUCCUAUCCUUAUUCUUGGCCAUCUACAAUUGGAACAUUAGAUGAUCAAUGGAUAAAAAUUCAUAUAAUAGAUUCAGAUAUAAAUAAACAUGUUUUAAAAAUUCCUGUACCCAAAGCUUCACAUAAUACUACAGAAGCAUUACGAGAUUUUCUUAAUGCGAACUUGGAACAACAAAGUAAAGAACCUGAUUUGAUCUUUGCGCCAAAGGGUUUAGGAAAAGAAAAUAUCCAGUCUCCCCCAAGAAAAAAUAGGAAAGAAAGAGAUGUAGAGCUUAAAUCACCGCCUUUAUAUUUUCCAGGUGAAAAUUGUGAACCAGUUUCACUACCAAAAAUAUCUCCUGAAAAAUCACCACUUCGAAGUUUAUCUCCAAAGUUAGAAAAGGUAAAUGAGGAGUUGAUUUUUGCUUCGAAAGGUUAUAUUCAGUCUCCUCCGAGAAACAAUAGGAAAAAAAGAGAUACAGUGCUUAAAUCACUGCCUUUAUAUUUUCGAACUGAAAAUGAAAAUGUUGAACCAGUUUCUUCAUCACCACCACUGGUAAAAUCUUCCGAAAAAUCUUCACCUCGAGUUUUAUCACCAAUAGUAAAAACUAUAAAUGAGGAGAAAACUCUUUUACCAAAACCUUCUGAAAAAUUGCCCCCUCAACCACUGCCUCCUCGGGUAGAAACGUUAAAGGAUAAUCCAAUUCUCUCACUAAAAUCUAAUGAACAAUCACCUCCUCGUGUUUUGACACCUGUAAAAGCUUUAACACCACCACCACCGGAUCAAAUAGUAUUAGACCAAGACUCACCUAUAAGAAAGAAAAAGAAAAUUGAUACCGUCCUCGCCAACUUUCGUCGGACCCUUUAG